UGUCUCUUUUUUCUUGUAGGUGAAGCUUUACUCUAAGAAUAUUUGUUUCACCUAGUUCAUGAGCUCAACUUAUACUCUAAAUGUUACAGAAGUGUUGAAAGAUUGCUCGGUCAUGAGCACUGACAGUAACUCUUUGGCACGUGAAUUUCUGACCGAUGUCAACCGGCUUUGCAAUGCAGUGGUCCAGAGGGUGGAGGCCAGGGAGGACGAGGAAGAGGAGGAGGAGGAGGAAGAAACACACAUGGCUACCCUUGGACAGUACCUUGUCCACGGCCGAGGAUUUCUUUUACUUACCAAGCUAAAUUCUAUCAUUGAUCAGGCAUUGACAUGUAGAGAAGAACUCCUCACUCUUCUUCUGUCACUCCUUCCAUUGGUGUGGAAGAUACCCGUCCAAGAAGAAAAGGCUACAGAUUUUAAUCUACCGUUCUCAGCUGAUAUAAUCCUGACCAAAGAAAAGAACUCAAGUUCACAAAGAUCUACUCAGGAAAAAUUAUAUUUAGAAGGAAGUACCCCGUUGGGUCAGGUUUCUGCAAAAGGAAAUGUUUUUCGAAAAAGCAGAAGACAACGUAAAACCACCCAUCGUUAUUCUGUAAGAGAUGCAAGAAAGACACAGCUCUCCACCUCCGAUUCAGAGGCCGAUUCAGACGACAGAAGGACGGCAGUGAGCAAGCAUAGGCGGCCCCAUCAACUGCAGCCUUUUGUAACACAGCCUCCUAAAGAAGACAAGUUUAUGGCUCAACCUGACCACUUGUCAACCAAAGAACAGAUUCCUCCUGAUAGCAUGGCUUUGGAAAGUCUCCAAGAGACUGUGCCAAGACAGGAGACAAACACCGAUAUUUUAAGUGAGCCAGCUGCCUUGUCUAUUAUCAGUCACAUGGACAACUCUCCAUUUGACUUAUGUCAUGUUUUGUUAUCUUUAUUAGAGAAAGUUUGUAGGUUUGAUAUUAUCUUGAAUCAUAAUUCUGCUCUGGCAGCCAGUGUAGUGCCCACACUGACUGAGUUCCUCGCAGGCUUUGGGGACUGCUGUAAUCUCAGUGACAAUUCAGAAAGUCAAAUGUUUUCUGCAGGCUGGACUGAAGAACCCAUGGCCUUGGUCCAACGGAUGCUUUUUCGAACAGUGUUGCAUCUUAUGUCAGUAGAUAUUAGUACUGCAGAGAUGAUGCCAGAAAGUCUUAAAAAAAAUUUAACUGAAUUGCUUAGAGCUGCUUUAAAAAUUAGAGCUUGCCUAGAAAAGCAGCCUGAGCCUUUUGCACCAAGACAAAAGAAAACACUACAGGAGGUUCGGGAAGGUUUUUCGUUUUCAAAGUACCGUCAUAGAGCCCUUCUUUUGCCAGAGCUUCUGGAAGGAGUGCUACAGAUCCUCAUCUGUUGUCUUCAGAGUGCAGCUUCAAAUCCCUUCUUCUUCAGUCAAGCCAUGGAUUUGGUUCAAGAAUUCAUUCAGCAUCAUGGCUUCAAUUUAUUUGAAACAUCAGUUCUUCAAAUGGAAUGGCUGAUUUUAAGAGACGGUGUGCCUCCUGAGGCCUCGGAACAUUUGAAAGCCCUAAUAAAUAGUGUGAUGAAAAUAAUGAGCACUGUCAAAAAAGUGAAGUCAGAGCAGCUUCAUCAUUCAAUGUGUACAAGGAAGAGGCACAGACGAUGCGAAUAUUCCCACUUCAUGCACCACCACAGAGAUCUCUCAGGUCUCCUGGUUUCAGCAUUUAAAAACCAGGUUUCCAAAAACCCAUUUGAGGAGGCUGCAGAUGGUGCCGUCUGCUACCCUGAGCGGUGCUGCUGCCUGGCAGUGUGCGCGCACCAGUGCCUGCGUCUGCUGCAGCAGGCCUCCCUGAGCAGCACGUGCGUGCAGGUGCUGGCAGGGGUGCAGAGCGUCGGGGUAUGCUGCUGCAUGGACCCCAAGUCUGUCAUCCUCCCUUUGCUCCAUGCUUUCAGAUUGCCAGCCCUGAAGAAUUUUCAGCAGCACAUAUUGAACAUCCUUAACAAACUCAUUUUGGAUCAAUUAGGAGGUGCCGAGAUACCACAGAAGAUUAAAAAGGCAGCUUGCAAUGUUUGUACCGUUGACUCUGAUCAACUAGCCAAAUUAGAAGAAACACUGCAGGGGCCCACACAGGGCGAGGAGCCUUCCUCAGGCCUGUCCAGUCCUUACAGAUGUCAAGGGAUCCUGCCCAGCAGGGGGUCCGAAGACUUGUGGAGAUGGGAUGCCUUAGAGGCAUAUCAGGAUUUUGUUUUUGAAGAAGACAGAUUACAUAGUGUGCAGAUUGCAAACCACGUUUGCAAUUUAAUCCAGAAAGGCAAUAUGGUUGUUCAGUGGAAAUUGUAUAGUUACGUAUUUAAUCCUGUGCUCCAAAGGGGAGUUGAACUAGCCCAUCAUUGCCAGCACCUUAGCGUUACUUCAGCUCAGACUCACGUGUGUAGCCAUCAAAAACAGUGUUUGCCUCAGGAAGUGCUUCAGGUUUAUUUAAAAACGCUGCCUACUCUGCUUAAAUCAAGGGUAAUAAGAAAUUUGUUUUUAAGUUGUAACGGAGUAAGUCAAAUAAUUGAAUUAAAUUACUUAGAUGAUAUUCGAGGUCAUUCCCUAAAAGCAUUUGAAACUCUGAUAAUCAGCCUCGGGGAACAACAGAAAGAGUCUUCGAUUCCAGGUACUGACGAUAUGGACGCCGAACAGAAGGAGCUGUCAUCGCUAAAUGCAGUUACCUCUUUUCAUAACCAGCCGGCACUUUCAGAUUCUCCUCAGAGUCUCAGCAAGUUCUAUGCCAGCCUCAGAGAUGCCUACCCCAAGAAAAGGAAGUUUGUUAACCAGGACGUUCACAUCAACACAAUAAACCUCUUCCUCUGUGUGGCGUUCCUGUGUGUAAGUAAAGAAGCAGACUCUGAUGGGGAGUCCACCCACGACUCAGAAGACACUUCUGGCUAUGACAGCACAGCCAGUGAGCCCCUGCACCGUGUGCUGCCACGUGUACCUCUCGAGAGCCUUGUCUUGCCUUCUCCCAAGCACAUGCACCAAGCAGCAGACAUUUGGUCCAUGUGUCGUCGGAUCUACAUGUUGAGUCCAGUUGUCCAGGAACAGUUUUACAGGCUGGGCGGUGUCCAGGUGUGCCGCAAAUUGAUAUUUAUGAUCAUACAGAAACUGUCCAGGAGUCAUGAAGAGGAGCAGGGAAAAAAGGAGGGAGAUACAGAUGUGAGCGAGAACCAAGAUUUAAUCGGAACUUCUCCAUCUGAGAUCACCAUGAAGGAGGAUUCAUUAUCUUUGGCUAUGGAAAGUCACGCCACACCAUCAGAACUGGGUAGUCAAAAGGAGAGGGAGGACAGUGUAGGUAAAUUACAGUCUCAGCAUAUUUCUGACAUAAAUGGGGAUCGAAUUUCAGCUGCUGAAGCUGCUCCUGAGGAAGCAAAGGUACUUACGAGUCUAGACAGUCAGGCCUCUCUUCAGAGCAUACGACUUUUGGAAGCACUUCUGGCCAUUUGUCUUCAUAGCACCAGAGCUAGUCAGCACAAGGUGGAACUGGAGUUACCUGAUCAGAGCUUGCCUGUGGAAAACAUAUUGUUUGAGAUGAGGGACCAUCUUACCCAGUCAAAGGUGAUUGAAACAGAACUGGCAAAGCCUUUGUUCGAUGCCCUGCUGAGAGUUGCACUGGGAGAUCACUCAGCAGACUUCGACCACAGUGAUGCUGUGGCUGAGAAGAGUCAUCAGGCUGAAGCAGAAUGGUCAUCCCAACCUGGAGAUUUUCCAGAAGCAGCUGAGGAUGCUCAGUGUUGUAGUUGUACAGUUUUGGUUGAAGAAGAAGGUUAUGAGGCAGACAGUGAAAGCAACCCUGAGGACAGUGAAACCCGGGAUGACGGGGUAGACGUAAAGUCGGAAGCGGAAGGUCUCACUGCAUCAAGCAAUCCAAAUGAUAUACUUGAAAACCUCCCUCAAGGGGAGAUAAUAUAUCCUGAGAUUUGUGUGCUGGAGUUAAGUUUGCUUUCCACUAGUAAAGCCAAACUUGAUGUGCUUGCCCAUGUAUUUGAGAGUUUUUUGAAAAUCAUCAGGCAGAAAGAAAAGAAUAUUUUCCUACUUAUGCAACAGGGAACUGUGAAAAUUCUUUUAGGAGGGUUCUUGAGUAUUUUAACACAGGCUGAUUCUGAUUUUCAAGCAUGCCAGAGAGUAUUGGUGGAUCUUUUGGUAUCUUUGAUGAGUUCAAGAACAUGUUCAGAAGAGCUAACCCUUCUUUUGAGAAUAUUUCUGGAGAAAUCUCCUUGUACAGAAAUUCUUCUCCUGGGUAUUCUGAAAAUUGUUGAAAGUGAUAUUGCUAUGAGCCCUUUGCAAUAUCUAACCUUUCCUUUACUGCACACUCCAAGUUUAAGCAACGGCGCUUCAUCACAGAAGGGUCCAGGGAUUCUCAACAGCAAGGCCAUGGGAUUAUGGAGAAGAGCGCGAGUUUCAUGGAGCAGGAAGGAGGCAGAGAGUGACAGUUUUCCUCAGCAGCUGCUCUCCUCUUGGCACGUCGCCCCGGUGCACUUGCCACUGCUGGGGCAGAACUGCUGGCCACACCUUUCGGAAGGCUUCAGUGUUUCCCUGUGGUUCAACGUGGAAUGUGUCCAUGAAGCUGAGAAUCCUGCCGAAAAACGAAAGAAUAUCAGGAAAAGAAAGAAAUCCUUAAUUUUACAGGAUAAUAGUUUUGAUGGAACAGAGGACAACAGGCCAGAAGGCGCAGAGUACGUAAACCCUGGUGAAAGACUCAUGGAGGAGGGCUGCAUCCACCUGGUUUCACUGGGGUCCAGAGCGCUGAUGAUCCAAGUGUGGGCCGAUCCCCACACUGGCACACUCAUCUUCCGUGUGUGCGUGGAUCCAAAUGAUGACACGAAAGCUGUUUUACUAGCUCAAGCGGAAUCACAAGAGAAUGUUUUCCUCCGGAGCAAAUGGCAACAUUUAGUACUCACCUACUUACAGCAGCCCCAGGGGAAAAAGAAUAUUCGUGGGGAAAUCUCCAUAUGGGUCUCUGGACAGAGGAAGCCUGAUGUUACUCUGGAUUUUAUCCUUCCAAGAAAAACAAGUUUGUCAUCUGAUAGCAAUAAAACAUUUUGCAUGAUCGGCCAUUGUUUAUCAUCCCAAGAAGAGUUUUUGCAGUUGGCUGGAAAAUGGGACCUGGGAAAUUUACUCCUCUUCAAUGGAGCUAAGAUUGGUUCACAAGAGGCCUUUUAUCUAUAUGCUUGUGGACCCAACCAUACAUCUAUAAUGCCAUGUAAAUAUGGCAAGCCUGUGAAUGACUACUCCAAAUAUAUUAAUAAAGAAAUUCUGCAGUGUGAACAAAUGAGAGAACUUUUUAUGACCAACAAAGAUGUGGAUAUUGGUCUCUUAAUUGAAAGCCUUUCCAUUGUUUAUACAACAUGCUGUCCUGCUCAGUACACCAUCUAUGAGCCAGUUAUUAGACUUAAAGGCCAAGUGAAAGCCCAGCUCUCUCAAAGACCCUUCAGCUCCAAAGAUGUUCAGAGCAUCUCAUUGGAACUUCAUCACCUAAAGAAUCUCCAACCCACCGAAUGUAAAACUCUCCAAGGCAUUCUGCACGAGAUUGGGGGAACUACAAUAUUUGUUUUUCUCUUUGCUAGGGUUGUGGAACUCAGUAGCUGUGAAGAAACUCAAGCAUUGGCCCUGAGAGUGGUACUCUCAUUAAUUAAAUACAACCAACAGAGAAUACAGGAACUAGAAAACUGUGAUGGCCUUUCCAUGAUUCAUCAGGUGUUAAUCAAACAAAAAUGCGCUGUUGGCUUUCACAUUUUGAAGACCCUUCUCGAAGGUUGCUGUAGUGAAGAUAUUAUUCAUAUCAAUGAGAAUGGAGAGUUUAAAUUAGAUGUGGAGUCCAAAGCUAUAAUCCAGGAUGUUAAACUGCUUGAGGAGCUAUUGCUUGACUGGAAGAUAUGGAAUAGAGCAGAGCCAGGUGUUUGGGAAACUCUGCUAGCGGCUCUGGAAGUGCUCAUCCGAGCAGAUCACCAACAGCAGAUGUUCAACGUUAAGCAGUUAUUGAAAGCACGAGUUGUUCAUCACUUUCUCCUGACUUGUCAGGUUUUACAGGAACACAAAGAGGGGCAGCUUACAUCCAUACCCCUAGAGGUUUGUAGAUCAUUUGUGAAAAUUAUAGCAGAAGUCCUUGGAUCUCCUCCAGACUUGGAAUUAUUGACAAUUAUCUUCAAUUUCCUUUUGGCAGUUCACCCUCCUACUAAUACUUAUGUUUGUCACAACCCAACAAACUUCUACUUUUCUUUGCAUAUAGAUGGCAAGAUCUUCCAGGAGAAAGUGGAGUCGAUCGUGUCCCUGAGGCAUUCUAGCAGCGGAGGGAAGGCUGUCCCCGGCCCCGGGCUGACGGUCAUAAGCCCGUCAGCUUUUACUGCCUCAGCACCUGAAGGAAGCAGUUCCCCCCAAAUUAUUCCACUGCAGAAGGCUGCCAGCCUGCGGCGCUCUAGAAGCCUGCCAGCACUUCCUGCCUCUCCUCUAAUGCGGCCACAGAAACUGACAGCAAGCUCAGACGGCGGCAUCGACAGGUUACAGAGUGCUGCAAGCGAUCACGUUGCUGCUCGGCCCGUGAAAGGGCGUCCUCCGGGGAGUUCAGAGACACUGAAAAGAGGCGAAGAGGACACAUUCCUCAGUAGCUGUGAGUCUGCAAAAGCUGUGUGUGAGGUGGAAGCUGUCCCUUCAGGACAAGCCUCUGUCACUGGUGGCCCCAAAGGAACAUCGGAGUUUCCAGCCAAAGGAGAUCACAAAGAGUUGGAAGCGGAACCCAGAACAGAUGGUGACAGCCCUGGGGAUGAGUCCUGCCCACGCCGCCCUGAUUACCUGAGGGGGCUGGCCUCAUUCCAGCAAAGCCACAGCACCACUGCGAGCCUGGGGCUGGCUUUUCCUUCACAGAACGGGUCCACAGCCGUCAGCCGCUGGCCAAGUCUUGUUGACAGGAGCACUGAGGACUGGGAAAACUUAGCCUUUUCUCCUGGUUAUGAGCCAAACCGCAAUCGAACUGCAAAUGCUCUCAGUGUAAAUGAAGAUUGCUUGGUUCCCAUAUGCUGUGGACUGUAUGAGCUCUUAAGUGGCAUUCUCCUCGUGCUGCCUGAUGUUAUGCUUGAAGAUGUGAUGGGCAAGCUGAUUCAAGCAGACGUGCUGUUGGUCCUCGUGAACCACCCGUCACCUGCUAUACAGCAAGGAGUUAUUAAACUAUUAGAUGCAUAUUUUAAUAGAGCAUCUAAGGAGCAAAAAGAUAAAUUUCUGAAGAAUCGUGGCUUUUCCUUGCUAGCCAAUCAGUUGUAUCUUCAUCGGGGAACUCGGGAGCUAUUAGAGUGCUUCAUAGAAAUGCUCUUUGGUCGACAUAUUGGCCUUGAUGAAGAAUUUGAUCUGGAAGAUGUGAAGAACAUGGAACUUUUUCAGAAGUGGGCUGUCAUUCCUGUUCUGGGACUAAUAGAGACCUCUCUAUAUGACAACACACUCUUGCACACUGCUCUCCUGUUUCUUCUCCAGAUAUUAAAUUCUUGUUCUAAGGUAGCAGAUAUGUUGCUGGAUAAUGGUCUUCUCUACGUGUUAUGUAAUACAGUAGCAGCCCUGAAUGGAUUAGAAAAGAACAUGCCUUUGAAUGAAUACAGACUGCUUGCUUGUGAUAUACAGCAACUUUUCAUAGCCGUUACAAUCCAUGCCUGCAGUUCCUCGGGCUCACAAUAUUUUAGAGUUAUUGAAGACCUUAUAGUAUUGCUUGGAUAUCUUCAAAAUAGCAAAAACGAGAGGACACAAAAUAUGGCUGUUGCACUGCAGUUCAGAGUUCUCCAGGCUGCUAUGGAAUUUAUAAGGACCACCGCAAACCAUGACUCAGAAAACCUUACAAAUUCAUUCCAGUUACCUUCUGCUCCCCCUCAUACAGUAUCUCAAAAGCGGAAGAGCAUUGCUGGUUCAAUUCCAAUGAAGGGUUCCACUGCUCCUCACCUACCAAGACGCCAUUUUCGUUCCUAUGGUCAACUUCCGAUGCACUUUUCCUUCAGUGCGUUCAAUCAAGACUCAUUCCCCCCAUUUUCUCCUGGAUCCACUCCCUGUGUGGUACCUCUCGGAGCAGGUCCUCUGAAAUUUCCCCUUGCUCAAACUGACUCCCUUCUGAUGAAAAUGCGUUCAGUGGCGAGUGAUGAACUUCAUGUGAUGAUGCAGCGGAGAAUGAGCCAGGAGAACCCUGUCCAGGCCACCGAAGCAGAGCUUGCACAGAGACUGCAGAGGCUCACCAUUUUGGCCGUUAACAGGAUUAUUUAUCAAGAGUUUAAUCCAGACAUUGUUGACAUUUUGAGUACUCCAGAAAAUGCCAAUCAAAGCAAGACCUCAGUUUCCCAGACUGAAGUUUCUGAAGAAAAUAUUCAUCACGAACAUAUUUCUGUUUUUAAUCCAUUUCAGAAAGAAAUAUUCAUGUACCUGGUAGAAGUAUUCAAAGUAUCUAUUGGUUCAAGUAAAACCAGUGGUUCCAAGCAGCAGUGGACGAAGAUCAUAUGGUCAUGUAAGGAAACCUUCCGAAUGCAACUGGGGAGACUGCUCACACAUAUUUUGUCACCAGCCCACCCUUCACAACAGAGAAAGCAAAUAUUUGAAAUAGUUCAUGAACCUAGUCAUCAGGAAAUACUGCGGGACUGUCUUAGCCCAUCCCUGCAACAUGGAGCCAAGUUAGUUUUGUAUUUGUCUGAGUUGAUACAUAAUCACCAAGAUGAAUUGACUCCGGAAGAACUAGACACAGCAGAAGUGCUUAUGAAUGCUUUAAAGUUAUGUGGCCACAAAUGCAUCCCUCCCAGUGCAGCAACAAAACCAGAGCUUCUUAAAAUGAUCAAAGAGGAACAAAAGAAAUAUGAAACUGAAGAAGGUGUGACUAAAGCUACCUGGCAGAAAACAGUUAAUAAUAAUCAACAAAGUCUCUUUCAGCGUCUUGAUUCAAAAUCAAAGGAUAUAUCUAAAAUAGCUGCAGACAUCACCCAAGCAGUGUCUUUCUCCCAAGGAGUUGAGAGAAAAAAGGUGAUCCAGCACAUCAGAGGGAUGUACAAAGGAGAUCUGAGUGCCAGCCGACACUGGCAGGAACUUAGUCAGCAGCUGACACAUGACAGAGCAGUCUGGUAUGACCCCAUCUACUACCCAACUUCCUGGCAGUUGGAUCCAACAGAAGGGCCAAAUCGAGAGAGAAGACGUUUACAGAGAUGUUACUUAACUAUUCCAAACAAGUAUCUCCUUAGGGAUAGGCAGAAAUCAGAAGAUGUGGUCAAACCACCACUCUCUUACCUCUUUGAAGACAAAACUCAUUCUUCUUUCUCUUCUACUGUAAAAGACAAAGCUGCAAGUGAGUCUAUAAGAGUGAAUCGAAGAUGUAUCAGUGUUGCACCAUCUAGAGAGACAGCUGGCGAAUUGUUAUUAGGUAAAUGUGGAAUGUAUUUUGUGGAAGAUAAUGCUUCGGAUACAGUUGAAAGUUCGAGCCUUCAGGGAGAAUUGGAACCAGCAUCAUUUUCCUGGACAUAUGAAGAAAUCAAAGAGGUUCACAAGCGUUGGUGGCAGCUGAGAGAAAAUGCUGUGGAAAUCUUCCUGACCAAUGGCAGGACACUGCUGUUAGCCUUCGACAACAUCAAGGUUCGUGAUGAUGUGUACCACAGUAUACUGACCAAUAACCUCCCAAACCUUCUGGAAUAUGGCAACAUCACCGCCCUGACAAAUUUAUGGUAUACUGGACAGAUUACUAAUUUCGAAUAUUUGACGCACUUAAACAAACAUGCUGGCCGAUCCUUCAAUGAUCUCAUGCAGUAUCCGGUGUUCCCAUUCAUACUCGCUGACUACAUUAGUGAGACCCUUGACCUCAGUGAUCCCUCCGUCUACAGAACUCUCUCCAAGCCCAUAGCUGUGCAGUAUAAAGAAAAGGAAGAUCGUUAUGUGGACACAUACAAGUACUUGGAGGAAGAGUACCGCAAAGGGGCCAGAGAGGACGACCCGCUGCCGCCGGUGCAGCCGUACCACUACGGCUCCCACUACUCCAACAGCGGCACGGUGCUGCACUUCCUGGUCCGGAUGCCGCCCUUCACCAGGAUGUUCCUGGCCUAUCAAGAUCAAAGCUUUGAUAUUCCAGACAGAACCUUUCAUUCCAUGAAUACAACCUGGCGUCUCUCAUCCUUUGAAUCCAUGACCGAUGUGAAAGAACUUAUCCCAGAAUUUUUCUAUCUCCCAGAGUUCUUAGUUAACCGAGAAGGUUUUGAUUUUGGUGUGCGUCAGAAUGGUGAACGGGUUAAUCACGUCAACCUCCCGCCGUGGGCACGUAACGACCCUCGCCUUUUCAUCCUCAUCCAUCGACAGGCUCUGGAGUCUGAGCACGUGUCUCAGAACAUCUGUCAGUGGAUUGACUUGGUGUUCGGGUACAAGCAGAAAGGGAAGGCUUCCGUUCAGGCCAUCAAUGUUUUCCAUCCUGCUACAUAUUUUGGAAUGGAUGUCUCUGCAGUUGAAGAUCCAGUUCAGAGACGAGCUCUGGAAACCAUGAUCAAAACCUACGGCCAGACCCCUCGUCAGCUGUUCCAGUCGGCUCACGUGAGCAGACCUGGGACCAAGCUCAACAUCGAAGGGGAGCUUCCUGCAGCCGUGGGGCUGUUAGUGCAGCUGGCUUUCAGGGAGACCCGAGAACAGGUCAAGGAAAUCACCUAUCCGAGUCCUUUGUCAUGGAUAAAAGGCCUGAAGUGGGGGGAGUACGUGGGCUCUCCGAGUGCCGCCAUGCCUGUGGUCUGCUUCAGCCAGCCCCAUGGAGAGAGGCUGGCGUCCCUGCAGGCUCUGCCCACCAGAGCCAUCUGUGGCUUGUCCCGAAACUUCUGCCUCCUGAUGACGUACAGCAAAGAACAAGGCGUGAGAAGCAUGAACAGCACAGACAUCCAGUGGUCAGCCAUCCUGAGCUGGGGGUACGCUGACAACAUUUUAAGGUUGAAGAGUAAGCAAAGCGAGCCUCCAAUAAACUUUAUACAAAGCUCACAACAGUAUCAGGUGACUAGCUGUGCGUGGGUGCCUGACAGUUGCCAGCUGUUCACUGGGAGCAGGUGCGGCGUCAUCACAGCCUACGCCAACAGGCUGGCCAGCGGCUCGCCUUCAGAGAUAGAGAUGGAGUCCCAGGUACAUCUCUAUGGGCACACCGAGGAGGUCACUAGCCUGUUUGUCUGCAAGCCGUACAGUAUCCUGAUAAGUGUGAGCAGAGACGGGACCUGCAUCAUCUGGGACUUGAACAGGUUGUGCUACGUACAGACUCUGGCAGGACACAAAAGCCCUGUCACAGCCGUCUCUGCUAGUGAGACGACAGGUGACAUUGCCACAGUGUGUGAUUCAGCUGGCGGAGGUAGCGACCUCAGACUGUGGACGGUGAACGGGGACCUCGUGGGACACGUGCACUGCAGGGAGAUCAUCUGUUCCGUGGCCUUUUCCAACCAGCCGGAGGGUGUCUCUGUCAACGUGAUUGCGGGGGGCCUGGAAAACGGGGUCGUGCGGUUAUGGAGUACAUGGGACCUAAAGCCUGUGCGGGAAAUCACGUUUCCUAAAUCAAAUCAGCCAAUUGUAAGCCUCACAUUUUCCUGUGACGGCCACCAUCUGUACACAGCUAACAGUGAAGGGACCGUGAUUGCCUGGUGUCGAAAGGACCAGCAGCGCCUGAAGCAGCCCAUGUUCUACUCCUUCCUGAGCAGCUAUGCAGCCGGCUGAAGGCGAGAGCUGUGUGUUCUCUGAGCACAUGAACUCCAUGCUAGGUUUGUGACCUCACCCGUUUUAGGAGGUUGAACCUGAAGAAAUGGAUGACCAAACAAACCUCCCAAAUAAUUAUAAAAGCUAUUCAUUGGCACAAAACUCUGCAGCCUCCCAGGGCCCCGGGAGGAAGUUUCGGUCUAAGUUAGUGGCAGUCUGGAGGGCUGUGGCGGCGUGCACUGACCAGAAGGGCGGAGGUCCUUCGUAGCAACUGAAAAUCAUAGAGUUCUUUCUACAGGGGUACGCUAAAGAAAAGGUCGGGGUCACCCCUUUUUCUAUUAUUCCAAAAGGGCCAAUAGAAUUUAAAUUGGUUAGUGAAUUGUUUAUAAAACUCUAAAAAUUAUAUUUAGAAGGUUUUAUGCCAAGACAACCCCCCACCCCGAAAAAGGAAAGGCUAAAGAAUCCAGGGCCCGAUGAUGGCUUUCCUGGAGAAGUGCAUUGGUCUGUAAGCACCUCUGCACCAUUUUGUGGAGUGUCCGCAGACUGAAUAAGACUGCUAGUGAAUCUCAAUAUUAAAACGCAGUUUCUGCCAGUUGCCUUCUUAGCUCUGAGGAGAACCAGAACUUUUUGACAGCCACAAAUAAGAGCGGGGCAUCUCUGACUUCAGACACGUUGCGUGUCUUCAUAAACAGCCCACUUAAAACCCAUAACACUAGAUACCAACUCCCCAUAGUGGAGUCACUAAGAUUUAAACCCAUGAGAACCCUCUGAAUGCCUGCCCUGUACAGAGCACGCAGAGCCUAGCCGGUCGCAGCAGAAAGCCUCCGCCGGCAGGGCGUCUGCCCAGUGGUGAUAAUCCAGUCCAGGCGAGGCAUUUUAACUGAUGCACAGGAAGAUGUUUCUUUCCCAAAAGAAGAGGUGACCACCCACUUUGUUUUAAACAUGAGGCAGAAUAAUUCGUUUAGGAAACAGUUUCCACUCUGGUUCUUCCACUCACCUGUACCGCCUGAGAGUUUGAAGAACAAUGGAAGCAUCUAACUGUAUACCACAGCAAACUCGCGACCCUCAGGACAGAAUUCCUGAAAGUCUUGGAGUGGUCUCUACCAUGAGGUUACGGCUGUAUUUCUACAUGGGUGCUGCUUUAUUGGCUUUGAAGACACUGCUAAUUAAACUGAGUGACAUGUUACCAUGGGAUUAAAACACGUGUUCUUGCCUGAGAAUGACUGGCAUGCUUAUUAUGGAACUUUGACUCACAUGGUGUUUACAGAACUACUUUUAUAACUUCCAAACUUUCUAAAACACUGUACUUAAAAACUGUAUAAAACAACAAAUUCCAAGUCUCUGCAUCAAGAUCAACACAAGCAGCAGCAAGUGGCCGUGGGUGAUUGUGACCUGAAGCCCGGACGCGCGUCAGAACGCCACACAGGCUGCAUUUCGAUCAUGUUCACACAGACCAGUUGUGAGCGCUGAGGUCCAGACGGGUGCAGAGAUGACAUUAUUCCUGUUCACGUUGAAGUGAUUUGCUUUGUUAAAAAAAAAUUGCAGCUAUUGUCUAGCUUUAAUUUUUCUACUGAGAACCUCAAAUUAGUCCCCUUAGAAUAGUGUUGCUACUCAGUCUUUUUUUUUUUUUAAGGCUGAAUUUCAUCAUUUAUCUAAAGAGGAAAUAUGCAAAACAACUGGUCUUGUUUAGAGUGCAAUAUUAUAUUUUUAUGUAAAAAUACAAAUUAAUUUGGGGGGAUUAUUUAUUCAGCAUGAAACUUAAUAUGUAUAUGUUUGAAACACCUCAUGAUGUGCAUGUUGUAGCAAACAUUUCUGUAAAUUACCACAAGCUCUUCCCUUUGUAUACACUGCCACU